UCACUAAUACUAAUAGCUGAUAGUGUUUCACGCAAACAACACAAGAACCUUAUCUUCAUUUUUCUGCUACCAAUUAUCAAAAUGUUCUUCUUCACUCGCCGCUCCGAAAACACUUCUCAACCUCCAAACUCCGACCCAAACUCCGACCCAAACAACCCCGCCGAUUCAUCCUCCGAAACCUCCUCCGACUCCGACAAUUCCCUCGACGAAGCCGAAAUCGAAGCCUACCUUGCUGCCUUCCGCUCCCAACAAUCCGACGAUGUCUCCGACUCCGAACUCGACCCAAAGACAAACUUAAAAGACGUAAUCGAAGCCCUAGAAACAAGCGAAACGGUCAGGAAGAAUCGCGAAAGAAACGACCCGAGAAGAAUCAUACCUUACGAUCCGUUCGAUUUCCCUCGUGACCCUGAGAAUUGGACGGAGGAGGAUUUGAGAGAGUUUUGGGAUAACAGUGCUAAUAGAAUUACUGGGACUGGUUGGGACCCUGUUUUCGCAGAGGAAGAUGAAUUGGAUUAUGUUUCUGAAAAACUUGCUAAAGGAAAAGAUGCUCCUGUUGCUCCUUUUUAUCUUCCUUAUAGGAAACCUGUUCCACCUGUUCCUGAUAAUAAUCCUGCUAUUAAAGGUCCUAUGGAUGUUAUUGAAGAGUUGGAUAGGAUUGAAGAGUUUCUCAAAUGGGUUAGCUAUGUUUUUGAAGAUGGUAGCACAUAUGAAGGUACUGUUUGGGAUGACAUUGCUCAAGGAAAAGGUGUUUAUGCUUCACCAGAUGAACUUGUCAGGUAUGAAGGUGAAUGGGUUCGAAAUGAUCCAGAGGGUCAUGGUGUUGUUGAAGUUGAGAUACCUGUUAUAGAACCUGUUCCUGGGUCCAAACUCGAAAAAAAAAAGCGCGGUAAAGGGAAGAUACUAACAAGGGAUUUUAUGUCGGAAGAAGACAGAGAAUGGCUUGACAAGGAUAUUGAGGAUAGUUAUCUUGUUUCAAAUGGAGACUUCGAAAUCCCCUUUUAUGAGAAUAAAGAAUGGGUUAAGCAUUUUGGAGAAAAGCCGGAGAAAGGUCGCUAUCGUUAUGCUGGUCAGUGGAAGCAUGGGAGGAUGCAUGGAUGUGGCGUAUAUGAAGUUAAUGAGCGUAUCAUAUAUGGUAGAUUUUAUUUUGGAGAAAUAUUGGAUGAUGAUGAGGGCUGUGAUGACAAAACUUCAGCGCUGCAUGCUGGUAUAGCCGAAGUUGCUGCUGCAAAGGCUCGCAUGUUUGUUAACAAGCCAGAUGGAAUGGUUAGAGAAAAGAGAGGCCCAUAUAAUGAUCCACAGCAUGCUUACUUGUAUGAAGGAGAGGAUGUGUGGAUGGCGCCUGGCUUCAUUAACCAAUUUUAUGAAGUCCCUGAUUCCUGGAAAACUUAUGCACAUGAAGUAGAUCAGGAAAGAGAAAUGUGGUUGAACUCUUUCUAUAGAUCUCCUCUUAGGAUACCAAUGCCAUCUGAGUUGGAAUACUGGUGGUCCAAAGAGGAGAAUCACCUGCCUCCUGAAUUUGUCGUCAUUAACAAGGAGCCCGAGCCUGAUCCUGAAAACCCAUCAAAGCAAAUAUAUACUGAGGAUCCUCUCAUCCUUCACACUCCAACUGGAAAUAUUAUCAAUUAUGUUGGGGAUGAGAAAUACGGAGUACGUCUUUUCUGGCAACCACGUUUGGAAAGAGGUGAGAAAAUAGAUCCGAAUAAGGCCAAGUUCCUACCCCUUGGUUAUGAUGAUCUUUUGGGGAUAGAGGAGGAAAAGAACAUAUGGGUGCGUCUUAAGCUUGCAAUUGAAAAAGUAUCCAAGUCUUGGUUUGAUAAAAUAGAUAAAUGGGCCGAAGAACAGAAGAAAACUACUGAAAUGAAAAAGGAGGCAAUUGAGAAAGAACUUGACUUGAUAGAAGCUGAAAUAUGUCUGGAAGAGGCUAUUGAGGAUAUGGAAGAGUUGUUGCGCAGAAGAGAGAAAGAGGAAAAAAAGAAGUCAGAAUUGGGCUUGCCAGAUGAAGAUGAUGUGGUUCUUGUAGCCAAACGAGAUGAAAAAGCUCGUGUUGACGAGGAAGAGGAAGAUGAUGAGGAAGAUGAGGAUGAUAUUGCACCGUCAAGUUUUGGGACCAUUGAGCAGGAACAGAGAACAGAUCAGCAGAAGGGAAAACCUGGCAAAUCACCAUUUUCUACAGCUUCACUAGCAUUUGCUUCUAGCAGCCUUAUCUCUGCGGUUCCGUCCAAGCUGCAACAAUCAUUUUCAUUCUGGAAAAAGGUUGGAUCAAAACCAGAAUUGGUUCCUGCACAGCGCAUCAAUCGUGUCAGCAAUGUGAAAACAGUUGAUUCAGUUAGUUUCCCUCCUCUGAUUGGCCAUAAGGGUAGGUUGAAAGGUGUCAGUAAAACGCAUGAAAAAGUCAAGGGUCGAAGCUAUUUAGGUGGGAAAUUUCUUGAGGUGUCCUCUAUGUCUCAAACUAGACCAUGUUAUACGGCUUCUGCAAUUUCGAAAAGCACCAACGAGCGAAGAAUGAUCAGUGACGUGUGGUUGCAUGCGGCACCAGAGAGGGAUUUAGAUAGCAUACUAUCUUUGCAUUCAAUUUCAUCAAUGCACAACUUGUAUCCAAAUAUCCAAAGAGAACUUCACUUCAAAUUUAAGUCUUGAAGGCCAUUUUUAUUGUUAACUAGGCCUUUGUGUACCAAAAAUUAGCGAGCAUCGAUUUUUCCCGGGAUUAGAGACAUCAAAUAAAUUAGAUGUGUUGUAAUAUUUUUAUCUUUCAAAAUCUGAAAAAGAUCAGAAUUGUUGAAUUGCAUAUUUUUUGAAUCAUGUUUCACCUUUUUAACACAACCUUAAAA